AUGACUUCAGAAGUUCUGAGUCAUUGUCGGCACGAGUUGAUGCAAGCAAUCUGGAUGUUGCUCCUUGACGACGACUUCAUGCAUGCAUACGAGUUUGGGUUAGUCAUAGAAUGUCUGGAUGGGAUCUUCCGCAGAGUAUUCCCUCGUCUUUUCACGUAUGCAGCUGAUUAUCCGGAAAAGACACUUCUUGCGUCAAUCAAAUUUCUUGCGCAGUGCCCGUGUCCAAGGUGUCUGAUCCCCAAGAUUCAGAUCGGUGGCCUCGGAAGCAAGGCUGACAGACGCUGGCGGGAGAACAGGGUCCGUGAAGAUGGCCAUACAAUAUGGACCACGAUCAGACAGGUUCGGGAGUGGUUGUAUGUCAAGGGCACCAAUAUUACAAGCGUUUUUGUCAAGUGGAUGCUUGUACCCGAGUCUCUUGUUCCAACUGUGAAUGCAUUCUCAACUCGGUUCGCACGCUUUGGGUUCAACUUCUACUCCAUGUUCGUCCCGGAUUUGCUCCAUGAGUUUGAGUUAGGAGUUUGGAAGGCCGCUUUUACACAUCUGAUCCGCAUUCUUUACGCAUAUGGCCAUGACACAAUAACAACGCUGAACAAACGCUAUCGACAAGUUCCCACGUUUGGCAGAGGUACAAUCCGCAAAUUCAGUGGAAACGCUUCUGGCAUGAAGAAGCUGGCAGGGCGGGAUUUCGAGGAUCUUUUACAGUGUGCCAUUCCCGUAUUUGACCGUCUCCUACCAGAACCAUUCAAUGCUCUUAUCCUCGAUCUCCUCUUUGAAUUAGCCACCUGGCAUGGAUUGGCAAAGUUGCGCCUGCACACCGACACUACACUAUUGUUCCUUGACACAUCAACUACUCGACUAGGCAAGAUUUUGAGGCGUUUUGCCAGCGAAACAAAGGAGGCAUUUGACACCCGAGAUCUUCCCAGUGAAGAAGCAGCUCGCGGACGCCGCAAAGCACGAAAAGCUCCCCAAGGUCAACCACAAAGUACGGAGAACUCAGCAAAACAACACCCUCAGGGUCGCUUGAAGCACAGGACGUUCAAUCUGCAAACUUACAAGCUUCACGCACUUGGUGACUACGUCAGUGCUAUCAAACAGUUUGGGACCACAGACAACUUUUCUACCAUGUUGGGUGAACUCGAGCACAGGCGUGUCAAACGCUUUUAUCCAAGAGUGAGCAAGUCUCGAUUUACGUCUGGUAUCGCAAAGCAACAGCAACGGGAGAGAAUCCUCUUCAGGAUGGCAGAGCGAAUUCCUGUGGACAAGUCCAGAAAGAGGAAAUCCAUGGCACUGGGAAGCAGAGAGGUGAUGAAAGCUGACGCUGCCAACAUGCCAUCCUUGCGCUUUGAAGAUUCAGAACAACUACCAUACACUGAUCCUCGGGCGCACUACCAUAUUUCCAGUGGAGUACGCCACUACUUGAGACUUUCUCAAUGGUUGGGGAAGAAUGAAAGUGAUCCUGCCUUCGUAGGCUUUCUUCCCCGAUUAAAAGAUCAUAUCCUGGCACGAUUACUAAAGCACAAUUACGACGGCGAUGAAUCUCCCUUCUCCUCUGCUGAACGCAGCAGACUGACAUUUAUCAAUGAUCGUAUCUAUCGACACAAGGUAAUCCGAAUUAAUUACACUACCUAUGAUCUGCGACGAGAUCAAGACUCACUCAACUCUCGAACGCAUGCAGACAUCAUGGUCUUGUCUCACGAGGAAGACAACGACUCGGAGCCCAAUGGUCAUCCUUACUGGUAUGCCAGAAUUAUUGGUGUUUUUCACGCACUUGUCCAUUAUCGGGAUCUCACCACCAACUCGUCAUCAUAUGAUCCAGUGCAAGUCGACUUUGCAUGGGUACGUUGGUUUGGCCGUGAUCUCAGCCACCGCUCAGGCUGGAAAGUGAAACGGUUACAUCGACUCGGCUUCAUCCCUAGCGAAGAUCCCGGAGCAUUUGGGUUCAUUGAUCCCAAAAAUAUCAUCCGGGGAAUCCAUCUUGUUCCAGCUUUUGCUUCUGGCCAUACCUCGGAAUAUCUGCCUCCAUUAGUGUUGCCGCAGCUCUGGCUUGAGGCCGGCUUUAGCCGCGAGCGGAGCUACAAUUAG